CCGAGGAGGCAUGAAGACUGAUAAGGAACGGUACAUCGCUGGUGGAUAUACGGAAGAAGACGGAGGACGCACUCUGCUAUGCUGGGCUCUAGUCAGAAUGGGUGAGCACCAGACCUACGUGAAGCUCAGCGAAGAGAAACUCAUACCAAAGUCUGACAUCUUGUCACUGCUGAGGACCUACAACUGUUACCACGAAGGGAAAAACUUCCAGCUGAGGACUCGCGAGGAGGAUGGAGAGCUCAUCCUCGAGGGCUUGCUGAACAUCUACUGGGGUCUACGCCGACCAAUCAGACUUCAGAUGUAUGAUGACAAUGAAAGAUUUCGGCUCAACCGAAACAAUAGAUCUGCUGUGGCAAAGCAGUUAGCAGAGUCUAACAAUAACUCCCUGAGCAGAGAAACUGGACCGCCUGGUAGUGACGUGGGUGUUCAGGAGGAAGAGGAUUCUCCUCAGCUGCUGAGGACCAGGAGUGAUGCUUCCUUCAUGCAGGUUCAGAGGAGGUCAAAGACACACACUGCCAGAGACUUGCAGCGCUUGCGCACACACAGGUUCUCAAUCAACGGCCACUUCUACAACCACAAGACAUCUGUAUUUACUCCAGCCUAUGGCUCCGUCACUAAUGUACGAGUGAACAGCUCCAUGACGACUGAACAAGUCCUCAACCUGCUGCUACACAAGUUUAGGGUGGAGAAUAAAUCUGAAGAGUUUGUCCUUUAUAUGGUGCACGAGUCGGGUGAGAGGACCCGACUGAGGGACGAUGAAUACCCGCUGGUGGCUCGUGUGCUUUAUGGACCCUGUGAGAAAAUCUCCAAGAUCCUCAUCUCGGAGGCCGACCUGGGAGAGGAGGUCACAUAUGAUGUUGCCCAGUACAUAAAGUUUGAGAUUCCAGUUUUAGACAGCUUUGUGGAGAAACUCAAAGAGGAAGAGGAGCGUGAGAUAAACAAACUAACCAAAAAGUACAGUGCUCUGAGGUCUAUGAUUCAACAUCAGCUUGAAGGCAGAGCUCACACCAGUGACAGAGUAUGAGCGUUUCUGUAUCCAUGUACUCUAAUGUAACCUGUGUGUGUGUGUGCGUGCGUGCUUGUGUGUGUGAGGGGAAGGGGUGGUCGCAACACUAAUGGUUGCUGAUUUAUGAUGGGAACAUUUCCAGAUGCUGUAGUGAAUGUAGAGGUAAAGGUAAAAGGGUUAAAGUAAAGGCUGCAAUAGAACCAUAUCAUACACCAACGUGCUUCUACUUUUAGAAAGACAUAUCUCAACAAUUUGUAUGAUCUGUUUUGUUAAUGUUGUUACUCUGAAGUGUGCCACUGCUUUGAUAUCCCUGCAAUUAAUAUAUUCACAUUUUGUAUGACAAUUCUUACUGAAACAUGGAUGUUUAUAGAAACUGUUUUUGAUAAUGUUUUCUCUGACUUGGACCUUUUUUAUGUAAUAAAUCAGCUUUAGUGUGGCCUUUA